AUGGUUGAAGACAAACUAGCCUUAGAAGGUGAUAUGGAAAGUAAAUCAGGAAAAGAAGAUGAUCCAGGCUGGCAUAACAAAGGCACAGAACCUACAGUGAAGCAAGAUAUACCUGAAGUCUCAGAAAUAGACCUCGAUUGGGUGAUUAACAAUGAGGUGGGACAAUUUGGACCGUUCCAAAUGAUUAAUGUCCUACUAUUAAUAUUCCCCAUAAUUUCUCAUGCGUUUUUGAGUGAAUACGUGUUUUCCGCUUCCGCUGUUCCGCAUAGAUGUCGGAUCCCUGAAUGUGGAGAGAUUAGUGGAACAGGCUACGAAUUGUUUCCAGAGUGGAUCUUGAACGCUGUUCCGAGUAGCAACGGACAACCAGACAGUUGUUCGCGCUACGCGUCGACUAGCAAUGGCUCGCUAGAGUACUGUCCGGCUACCGUCUUCGACCAGACUGUCACGCUGGAGUGCGAUGAAUUCGUGUACGAGAGGACCAAUUCAGUUGUGUAUGAGGUGAGUUUUACAAUGUUUAGUUUCUUGUUACAGUUUGAUCUUGGCUGCCAAGAGUGGAUGCGGGCACUGGCCGGCACAUUGAACAGCAUUGGCUCACUACUUGUACUCCCGAUCACAGGCUACAUAUCCGACAAAUAUGGCAGACGUGUGGCUCUCUGCAUCAGCAUCUUCAAUUUGGCGUUUUUUGGCCUCAUCAGAGCGUUUUCUGUUAAUUAUCCAAUGUAUCUGGUGCUGCAGAUUUUGCAAACAACUCUCGGAGCCGGUACAUACAGCACUGCCUUCAUUUUAGGUAUUAUACAAUUAUUUUUAGCUACUGAACAAUUGGUUGGCUCAAAAUACCGAGUGCUGGCGAGCUCAGUGAACUUAGUCUCCUUCCCAGUGGGUCACAUCAUCAUGGCCGGAAUAGCCUGGCUCGUGCAACCAUGGCGUUACUUCAUCAUGUCGCUAUACAUCCCCUGCUUUCUAAUGAUGGCUUAUUAUUGGUGCAUCUCGGAAAGUGUUAGGUGGCUACUUACUAAAGAAAGGUUCAACGAAGCCAAAGAUAUUCUGGAGAAAGCUGCGAGAAUAAAUAAAACAAAGAUCAGUGAGAAAUCUAUGCAGGUAUUGAUGAAGCCUGCGCCAGCAAAAGAGACUCAGACGAACUACUCCAAAGGCCUAAUUCAUACUAUUUUCAAAUCCCCAAUAUUGCUUUGCCGUGUCUGCACUACACCAGUCUGGUGGAUCGCAACCACAUUCGUCUAUUAUGGGUUAUCCAUCAACUCCACUGGGCUCCCGGGCAAUAUGUACGUGAACUACAUGCUGGUGUGUGUUGUGGAGAUCCCUGCUCUUUAUACCGCUGUGCUGUUGUUGGAUCGUGUCGGCAGGAAGCCUGUUCUUGCGACUGGGUUCUUGCUCAGCGCUGCUUGCAACCUUGCAUUCGCUUUCAUUGACAAUAAUGGUAAGUCAAAUAAAAAUAUCUUAUUACCCAUUUUUUCAGAACUAGUGACACUGGGUCUUAUUCUGUUUCUGUUUGGCAAAUUUGGAAUCUCGGUAGUGUUUACGUGUUUAUACAUUUACACAUCUGAGCUGUACCCAACACAGUUCCGUCACACACUAUUGGGAUUCUCUUCAAUGGUUGGACGUAUUGGCUCCAUCACCGCUCCGCUUACUCCUGCUUUGGCAGUAUACUGGGCCGGAAUCCCAUCGGUGAUGUUCGGCGCCAUGGGUCUAUUGGCCGGCUUGCUGGUGCUGACACAACCGGAGACCCUGGGCUGCAAGAUGCCGGACACCCUGACUGAGGCAGAGGCUAUUGGCAGACAAAAGAAGAAGAUAAUUACGACUGCUCUCUAAAUCUAAAGUAUCUUAAAAUUUAAUGGACUAUUCCGCAAGUCUGCCC